AAAAGCUUAAGAAUUCUCCUGUAGUGAGAUAGGAAAUUUCACACUGAAAAUAAUCAAAAUUAAAAUGCUGAAACAACAAAACUUUAGUAGUCUAAAUAACAAGCCAUUUUGAAUAACAAAAAGCUGCAUUUGAAAUCCAAAACUUUUCAGCAAAUGGAUCACCAGGAAAAUGAAGAUGCCAGUGAUGAUGGUCCGUCAGUAGCAUCAAAAGUGUUUUUUGCAGAACUAUGUGGUCUGCUAGAAAAGAUCUCAAAAACUCAAGGAAAUGAUAAAAAGAAGAGAAUAAUGAAAGAAUUUAUUGAUAAAUGGAGAGAUUUCCAUGAUCAACUGCACACAGAUGAUAAAAAAACAAGUGAUUCUUUUUAUUCAGCAAUGAGACUUUUGAUCCCACAUCUUGAAAAAGAAAGAUUAGCCUAUGGCAUUAAAGAGCACAUGCUAGCCAAACUAUUGAUAGAGGUUUUAUGUCUGGGAAAAGAUAGUCCAGAUGCUAACAGACUACUCAAUUAUAAAGCACCUAAAUCUGCUAAAAUGGAAGCAGGUGAUUUUGCCAGUGUAGCCUACUAUGUUCUAAAGAAUAGAUGUCCUGAAAAAGGAUCCUUAACCAUCAAAGAAGUCAAUAAUUGUCUUGAUGGAAUAGCGACAAAUAAUGCGGCAAAGAAGAAAGAACUUGUCAGGAAGAACAUCUUGCAUCUCCUGACCAAUAUGUCAGCUAUAGAACUAAAGUGGUUGAUAAGGAUGAUUGUAAAAGAACUGAAGGUUGGAUUGAGUCAGGCAUCUGUCCUUUCUGUGUAUCAUCCUGAUGCUGAAGAAUUCUACAAUGUCAAUAAUAAUUUAGAAAAGGUGUGCAGAAUGUUGAGAGAAAAAGAUGUGAGGGUACAUGAGAUUGGAAUAUCUGUAUUCUCUCCCUUUACACCAAUGUUAGGAGAGAGGGGAGCACCUGACCAGAUAGAAAAGAUAAUGGAUGGAAAACCAUACUAUAUAGAAACAAAGUUUGAUGGUGAAAGAAUGGUGUUACAUAAAGACGAAGGCAACUAUAAAUAUUUUACCAGAAGUGGUAAUGAAUACACCAGUACAUUUGGAGCCCAUGAGUUAGAUGGUAACCUCACACCACACAUACAUAAUUGUUUCAAGCCAUUUGUCAAGAAAUGUAUCCUGGACGGAGAAAUGAUAGGAUAUGAUCCUGUCACUAAAACAUUUGCUACAAAAGCUAUGAAUACAGAUAUAAAGAGACAACAACAGGAAGGUCUACAGCCUUGUCUACAUGUAUUUGAUAUUGUUUUGUUGAAUGAUAAAGUCCUCACCAACCAACCUCUAACAGAAAGAUUGAAGAUAAUCCAGACUGUAUUUGAACCUGAAGAAGGCAGAAUUUUACUCAGUCAACAUAAAGAGGCUAGAACAAAUCAGGACUGUGCAGAUGCCUUGAAUGAUGCUAUUGAUGGAAGGGAAGAGGGAAUUAUGGUGAAGAAUCUGGAAUCUGUUUAUCGUCCAAAUACAAGGAAAGGAGGAUGGUUUAAAGUUAAACCAGAAUAUGUAGGUGGUUUGAUGGAUGAAUUGGAUGUAUUGGUUGUCGGUGGAUUUUUUGGUGUAGGACAUAGAUCAGGGAUGAUGUCACAUUUUCUCUGUGCUGUAGCUGUACCACCAGAAGAAGGGGAAGAACCUAAAAUAUUUCAUUCAUUUUGUAAGGUUGGAUCUGGCUACAGCAAGAAAGAACUGUCAGCAUUUAACCUUAAGCUGGUGGACCAUUGGAAAACAUUUGAUAAAAAGAAUCCUCCAACUAAUAUAAUCCUUGCUUCUGGAUUUAAAGAAAAGCCUGAUGCAUGGAUAGAACCUUCUAAGUCUUGUAUAGUUCAGAUAAAGGCAGCAGAAAUUAUUGACAGUGAAAGAUUUAAGACAGGUUGUACCUUACGAUUUCCACGGGUUGAGAAGUUCCGUGACGACAAACAUUGGCAUGAAUGUAUGACAGUAGCUGAUAUAUUAGAGUUGAAAGAGAAAUCUGGAGGCAAACUAGCUGGUGGGCGUGUAGAAAUUUUCGAAGACGCUGGACCAGCCAAGAAAAAACGUAAAGUUGUAAGCAGGGUCGUCCGUCCAACAUUAGCUGAUAGAUUUAAAGGUGUGGAUGCUUCAUCUAUCACAAAGGUGUCAGAAAUGUUAAAAGGUAAAGAAUUUUGUGUUGUAAAUGGGUCCACAUCUUUUUCUAAAUCUGAGGCAGAAAAGAAGAUCAUAGAAUAUGGAGGCACUAUUGUUCAAAAUCCAGGUUCAUCCACAUUUUGUGUAUUAGCUGAAAAGGUAGCUCUAAGAGUAACCAAUCUAAUUAAACGUGAUAUGUAUGAUAUUGUUAAGCUUGAAUGGUUUCAUAGAUGUAUUGAAGGUGGCACAUGGGUUCCAUGGUCACCAGGAGAUAUGAUUCACACAUCACCAAAAACACAAAAGUCAUUCCAAGUAGAUUAUGAUCAGUUUGGAGACAGUUUUACAGAGGAUACUUCGGCAGAACAACUCAAGAAUGUAUUUGAAAGAGUUAACCAGGAUGAUAUAGAUGAAGUGAAUGAAACUGAUAUUGCAGAACUAGAACAGAAAUAUUUCCCUGACGAGUCUCCAUAUGGACUGUUCAGAACUUGCAGAUUUUAUAUUGAUAAAUAUUUGGUGAUUGAUGAUACCACAACUCACAUUAAAGAUUCCAGUUUAGAUCUAUUAGAAUUAGAACUACGAUUCUUUGGUGGGAUAACUACAGAUGAACUAGAUGAUGAAGUGUCACAUGUGUUGGUAGAUAGGAAAGAUUUGUCAAGAGUACCUGAGAUGAAAAGAGAAAGGCGUAAUAGAAGAAAGAAAUUUCAUAUUGUAACAUCAGAAUGGGUACGAGAAUGUGUAGAGGAAGGAGAAUUAACCUCAGAGAGACAAUUUGAACCAACAUAAACUACAACAUUUAUUAUAUUUUUUAAAUUUCUGUUUAUUCUUUAGUAGGAAAAAGUAGGAAUUCUAUAAUAAUACAAACGCGUCAGUGUUGUCCUAAAUAGAUUAAAAUCAAUAUAUAAAUCUUAAAAUAUGAAAUUAUUUAUGCCCAUGUUUUCCCUCAGUUAAAAAUUGCAGAACAAAUUUAGUAAAUUGAUGUGAUUUUAAAAAUGUGAUGUUGCAGGAAUGGUGUGAGAGGUUGAUGUCAUUUGAGGUUUUGUCACUCAAAACAUGAAAUCUACAUUUUAUAAAUGUUCCUCAGCACAGCUGAGAAAAAUGUCAGUCAAUUUUAAUUUUUAUUUUGACUUUUAUGACACCUUUUUUCUUGAUCAUAAAUAAUGGUAUUGUGCAGCUAUACGUUAAAUUGAUUGAUAUACCAAAAUGUGAUGAAAUACAUUAAUUACAUACCUAAUAUUUUUAGUUUACCUCCGGUCAUUUGGUUUACUUUAACAAAUAAAAUUACCAUCAUGAAUUUGUAUAAAUUUUGUAAAUACUCUAAUGUGUCAAAUUCAAGUGUCUAACUUAUUUUAAUAAUUGCAAUGUCUCAAACUAUUUGAAUCUAUUAAACACAUGACUAGUGCUUCAAAUAAGUUUAUAUAUGCCUAAAUUAAGGCAUCCAACUUUAAUAAGUUGUUGAUUCCUAUCUUCUAUGAACAGAAAAAAAGUUUUGAAAUUUGCUGAUGAAUAUAAAGGGAGAUAACUCUAUGUUUUAUUUAAUUGGGUAUUACUUCCAUUCAUUUCAGGAACCAAGCAAAUAUUUGAUGAAAAGUCUUUCAAACAAUUUUGUUUUGGGGUUUAUAAUUGCUGAAAGAUUUUUACUUGCAUUUAAUUUGUAUGGUCUUUAUUUUAAUUGAAUAACUCUUUUUGGAUGAAAGUAAUGCAUUUGUAAUGGGAAAUAACCCUUGAACCAUUGUCAUAAUCUGACCUUAAUUGUCCAGGUCUUAAAUAAAUGAGAUAAUCAUUAUAAUGAUGUGAUAUUCUGAUGUUGUAAAUUUGUAUGUUUUGUGAUUUUAUAUGUGUUUGUUAUUUAAUGAUGUUAUGACGGAGAGAUGAUGGAAGGAUUGUAUUAAUUUUUAAAGAUAUAUACAUGUAGUAUGUAAGAAAAAUAUGAGUAGAUUAGAGAACAGUUUUAUAUAUUUUACAUGGCAGCAGUUUGUUAGAAAAUAAAUAUGUUUUUUACUUAUAA